AUGUUAAUUUCAUUACAAAUUUCAAAAAUGCUCAAACUGGUCUUUUUGUCCAUUAUUUCAACCUUCCUAGGUGUGUACUGUCAUAACGUAUUGACUUGUUCUCAGCCUCUAAGGCCUGGGCUUUCACAAUCUAUUUUAUAUAGCCGAAGAAUUGUAGGAGAAAUAUCACCUGGAGAACUUGACCGAGUUUUGAAUACAGUUCCUCCUCUAGAUCACGUCAUUUUAUUCUACAUUAACUUAAAUCAAGAUUGCAGGAAUUUUUUCCCUUUAUAUUCUCAGCUAUAUCAUGAUUUACUAAGUGAGGGCUGGAAGGUUAAGUUUGUCAAGUUUAACUGUCAGGGUGUGGACCGCCGUCUUAAAAUGUGCAGGGAUUACAACAUUAACGUUGUACCCACCAUCGCAUACGUUUCAAGUUAUCCCCUUCAGAGGUGGAAUAUCCCCCCAAAAUCCUAUUUAAGAAGGUUACUCAGACUAUUAUUCCACGAUAACCACUCUGAUAUCUUACUACAAAAUGCUACCAAGUCUCCAUUAUUUAUUUUACACACUAGAGUAUUUAUAUUAUUUACGUAUAUUUUCUGGUAUAAACUUAAAAUAUAUGUUUGUUAUAGGUAUAAAGGAGAUAUAUUUGCCUAUGAUCAGUUGAGGGAUUGGGUGUUGUUGAUGUAUAACAUUUCGUCAUUGAAUCGGAAAAUUGGAACACCUGAAAGUCUCGUCAACUUCCUCAAAGAAACUUUGAAUAGUUUCAUUACAUUCUUUAAAAAAUGA